CGAGCUGCGGUGUUAGUAGUGAUUUUUUUUUCAAAUAAGAUAAAUAAAAAUCGUAAAAUGGAAUUUCACAAAAGCUUGUAUAAAGUAAGUUUUGAAAACAACAGUCCAAAAAAGAAAAAUAAGGCGCAUUUAAAGGAUGGGCGGCAAAACAGGAGAAUUGAAAGAUUUCAAGAAAAUAGGAUAAUAUCUUUGUCACCAGUAGAGUCCAAAAGUAGAAAUGGAACGCCUAGGUCUGAAGAAGUUACAAAUCCAAAAAAAAAUAAUAAUAAAGAAAAUGCAAUAGUUAAUGGUAAUGCCGCAAUAUCGCGGCAUGAAGCAUAUAUAGCAAGAUUUAUUGCAUGGAAAAAGAAAAAAGAAAUGGAGAAAAAUCAGAAAGUUCAAAAAAAGCCACCUUUUGUGUCAGCAUGUUUUAAAAACACUGUAUGCUCUCAAGCCCAAAAUUCAUUUGCCCCAGAAAACUAUAAAUUUAAGGCACCCGCAAGUUUAGUUAUUCCAUCUAGCAUCGAAAACUGUAAAUAUGUCAUAUGUAAUUUAGAAAAACCCGAAAAAGCAAAAGUUGGUUCGCAAAUUUCUACUAUAUCAGAUGACAAAAAUGGUUCUAACAAAAAUUUCUCUAGAACUCCUAAAUUGGUUCAAAAAUCGAAAAUAACAACUAAUACUAAUCAAGAAAGAUCAGGUGCAAAGAAAAAAACUAUCACUUUAAAUUUGGAAAACCAGGUGAAAUCAAAAAAUGAUGUUAAAAAAAAUAAUACGCCUACGAUUCGAACUAAAUCGGCGUUGGAAAAUAAUAGUGAAAAUCAAUCUGAGAAAUACAAAAUAUUAAAAGUUGCAGAUAAACCUAAGCCAGGAAGUUUUGUAAAGUUGCCAAAACCUGCAAAAAUAUUGCCUUUAGAGACUGAAAGUACUAAAAAAGAUGUAACAAAAUUUAAAUCUCCGAAAGUUGCAAAAAAUAUACUGGUAUCCAACACUUUAAAGAAAGAAAAAGAUAAUAAUGAAAAACAGUUUAAAGGGAAUUUAGGAAAAACUAAAAAAUCAGUGUUAAUAAAUAGCCCGGUAAAAACUGAAAAACAAGUGUUGAAAAAACCAUUUAUCGCACAAAAAACUCCGCGCAGAAAUCCAUCGUAUUUGAAACGGGGAACUAAAACUAACACAAAAAACAUUAAUUCUAAUAACAAUUUUGAAACUAAGCAAGCAAAGAUUAAGGAGGUUAAGGGGAAGAAGAACCUAAAUAUUCAACCGACAAAAUUAAUGUUUUUUAAAAAACCUGAAAUUGUUCUGUGUCAAGAAACUCCUGUUGAAAAUCCUGAAAAAUCAAAUUCUUUUAUAACAUCUACACAAAGAAAAGAAUCCGGAAACUGUGGUACAAUUUUACCGGCUCAUGUAAACGAAGCAAAUAUAAGUAAUAUCAAACCUGAAGAUAAUGAAAAUAUUAAAAAUCCUUUGCCAUUAGUAAAUUUGUUUCAAGAGUCACAUAUGAAGAACGAAAAUGGGAAAGAAAGUGAAAUCUUGGCUACUCCUUUGGAUACUUCAAAAUCAAAUAUAUUAGAUAAAACUCCAAUAAAUACUACCACUAAUGAAGAACCAAUAAUCUAUACAAGUCCAUAUGUAACUAUGGGUCGCGGUAAAGGUAGCGGCAAAAAAGAGAAAAAAUUACGUGAAAGUAUAUACACUACUGAAGAGUCUAACAAUGGAAUUAUGUCAGCAGAACUACGACGUGCAAAAGAGACGGCGAAAUAUUUCCGAAAAAUGUUAAAAGACGAAAUUGAUCGUUUACAUAGCCGUUGUGAUGAGUGGUUAGAAUAUGUUAAAAACACAGAUCCAGUUAUUCUUGAAGAUUGCGGUAAUGAUAUGAUAAAUGUCACAAUAGGACAAACUAAAUUAUUGACUAGUAAGAAAUUUAAUCAAUUUAAGAAUUUGAUUGAACAAUGUGAGCAAUUCGCAGAAGUAAAAUAUAAUUUAAAGAAAAAUAAUGAUGAAAAUCAAAAACCUAUAUUACCAGAAGAUUUAGAAGGAUUUUGGCAAAUGAUGUAUAUUCAAGUAGAUGAUAUUGAUAAAAGAUUUAAUAAGUUAGAAUGUUGGAGAUCAAAUAAUUGGAAGGACCCUGAUGAGGUUCAUAUUGAAGAAAAAUUGAAAAAAAAAAGUAAAUUAUUGACAAAAGUGACAAAAAAGAAACCUCAAGGCAGCAAUCCAGUUUUGCGCAAAUAUUUGAAAGAAAUGUACAUAGCUUGUUUGCAAAACAAAAAACAAGAGUUAGAAGAAAAUAAUGACAUUAUCAUAACGACACCAUCUAAAAAAUCAAGGAGAUCUUCAAAUAUAAAUGAAAAUAAAGUUGAAACGCCAUCUCUUCGUAGAAGUAAACGAAUUUCUUCUAUAAAAGAAGUUGUAGUUAAACCGGCAACACCAACCAGAAAAUCAUUAAGAAUAGAGAGUGUUAUUAACAAUGCUUCAAAAUUCCUAGAAAAUAAUCCAGGUUCACCUAAAAAUGGUGUUCGUUUAAUUAGCUUAGUUAAAACACCUUGUCUCGGCUGUCCAAGUACUAUAACAUGCUCUCCCAAACCAAAUAAAUCAAUAUUAAAAACACCGGGAACACAGAAACGAAGGCAAACUGUUAUUUUUAGUGAGCAUUUACAAUAUAAAAGCCCAGAUAAAUCAUUUGAUUCAGAAAAAAGAAAAAGACGACGUUCAUCUUCAGCAAAAAAGAGUUUAUCUGGCAGUUCUGAUAAAAAAGAAAGAAGAAAAUCUCUGAAUCUUCGAACUAGAAGAUUAUUUUUGGACCCAGAAGCAAAAAUUGAAAUCCCAAAACAAUAAUAUUUUUAAAAUUAACUUAAAUUUUUUCAUAUAACGAAUUUUUUGUUAUUUUUUUUUUAAUUUUUAAUUUUUAGCAUUUCUAAAACGAUUUUUUUUUCUUUAAUAUUUUGUACUAGGUU